CUUCAAGAUUCGGACUCAUAUGCUCUCUCUCUCUAGUAAUUUGUCAUACCUGUCUCAGUUCUCUUCAAGACUACAACUCUAGCUGAGUUUACUAUUUUAUGCUUAUUUUGAACUCCUGUCUGCGAGGCUGGAAAGUCCAAUACAUUCUUCCAGUGGUAAAGCACGUCAGUUGCUUGGCUUGUGGACUGUACGCUUUGGAUCUUGUUGCUGGCAAUCAGUCAAAUCUUGACUGAUUGCCACAUGCAAAAUGACCACCCAAAUUGCUGUGAGUAGUAAAGCCUUGGAGGGAGUUCAUGGGAUACAUCUUGUAACCCAUUUGCCUUUGGUAUUGGAGGAGCAAAAGCUACAUGGGGACAUUCAUCUGUCAACCCAUGAAAAUUUGUCCAUUGGAACAAGUCCCAGGGUUACUGUGCAGAGAGUUUGGCAGCAAAGACCUGCAUGCUUGAAGCCCAUCCAUUGCCAUGCUAGCUGUGAUAAAAAUCUUGCUGAAACAGUUGCGAAUGUUCUUACUUCUCUUCCUUUUAUUGCACUUGGCAUCCUGACUCCAAGGAAAAACCUCAACUGCAAACUCUAUGCAAAUUCUUUGAUAGGAGUAGGAAUUGCCUCCACUGUGUACCAUGCAUCAAGAGGAAAGUUGAGAAACUUACUAAGGUGGGCUGACUACACAAUGAUUGCCACAGCGACAUUGUGUUUAUCAAGGGCUGUUGGGAAUGAGAGUCCAAAACUUUUUAUGGCAGCAUCUGCUGCUCUUUUACCCAUCCAGCCUCUUAUGGUUUCCGCAGUUCACACAGGGAUGCUGGAGGUAGCAUUUGCUAAAAGAGCAUUCCUUGAUCCAGACCUCAGAAUGGCACACAACGUGCACAAGUUGUCUUCGCUGUUUGGUGGGGCACUCUUCAUCGCUGAUGACCUGUUCCCAGAAACGCCAUUUCUCCAUGCCGGAUGGCAUCUUGCUGCUGCUGUUGGGGUCAGCGCCUGCAACAAGCUUCUCCACUAAGCUCUCUAUCCCAAAAGCUUCCAAUCAAUUUGCCGAAAUAUCAGCUACCCUUUUUGUUAUCAAUGGAGAUAGGCUUGCCGCAUCCAAUCUUGGAUCAAAGGCUGCAAUUCACUGGUCAGUGGUCUAGCAAGCUGGAAUAAUUAGUUAACAUUUAUAGCGCUAUUUUAAUGUGUGGGAUUGAACAAAUCCUUUUUGGCUAUAUCUGUGCUAUAAUGCAUUAUGUAUGUGCUUUAAGGCAACCACUGUUGCCUUCUCAUGGCAUUUUACAUAACACCGUUAUUAAGAAGCACCAGACAUUACAUGGUUGAAAUAAUUCAAGAGCUUAAUAAUUAGAUUAAGCUCAUCGAGGAAAUAAUUAGUUUAUUUCUAAAGGCUUUAUCACUUAUCUAAUGGUGUUUGCUAUCUGAGAAAAGUAAACUCAUCACUAAUACAAGUCUUAAUUACUCUCUGUCUGUUGCUCUUCAUAUGUUUUUUAAUUGUCGC